GUUCAAGGCAUAACAGGCUCAUCUAGAAUUCUCUCCAGCCAGGCUUCCUUGUACAAGUGUCUGAAGCAGCUAUGGCAACCGUUCCUGAACUCAGCAGUGAAAUGACAGCUUUCCACAGUGAUGAGAAUGAGCUGUUCUUUGAGGUUGACGGACCCCAAAAGAUGAAGGGCUGCUUCCAAGACCUGGACCUGGGCUGUCCAGAUGAGAGCAUCCAGCUUCAGAUCUCCCAGCAGCAUUUCAACAAGAACUUCCGGCAGGUGGUAUCGCUCAUCGUGGCUGUGGAGAAGCUGUGGGGCAUGCCUGUCUCUUGCCCGUGGACCUUCCAGGAUGAGGACCUGAGAACCUUCUUUUCCUUCAUCUUUGAAGAAGAGCCCAUCCUCUGUGACUCGUGGGAAGAUGAGCAGUUGGUGUGUGAUUUUCCCGUCCGACAGCUGCACUGCAGGCUCCGGGAUGAGCAACAGAAGUGCCUCGUGCUGUCUGACCCACACGAGCUGAAAGCACUCCACCUCAAUGGAGAGAAUAUACACGAACAGGUGGUUUUCUCCAUGAGCUUUGUACACGGUGACACAAGCAGCAACAAAAUACCGGUGGCCUUGGGCCUCAAGGGAAAGAAUCUGUACCUGUCCUGUGUGAUGAAAGACGGCAGGCCCACCCUGCAGCUGGAGAGCGUGGACCCCAAACAAUACCCGAAAAAGAAGAUGGAAAAGCGGUUUGUCUUCAACAAGAUAGAAGUCAAAUCCAAGGUGGAAUUCGAGUCUGCACAGUUCCCCAACUGGUAUAUCAGCACUUCCCAAGCAGAACAUAAACCUGUCUUCCUGGGGAGCAACAGUGGGCAGGAUAUAGUUGACUUCACCUUGGAAUCCGUCUCUUCCUAAAGUAAAGACCAGGCUCCUGAUGUUUCUGAAAACACAGGACAGGUCAUGUUAUGGAGCUCCCUAGUCACCAACGAGGAGACAACUCUGUUUCCAGGGGAAUUCUUAGUCCUCUGCCUAGACGGGUCUCUCUUACCUGUCCUGUGUUUUCAGAAACAUCAGAAACAUUCUGUUCAAAGAAAGCCUGUCUUUUCUUCCUGGCCUCUGAUGAACAACCACUUAUCUAUUUAUUUAUAUAUUUAUUGAUUGGUUGAUCUAUUUAAGUUAAUCCAAGGGGCACACGAGACAGCGAUGCCUACAAAAGAACCCAGUGUUCAUGUUUAUGGAAUAAAUUGAAUUUGGACCAGUGCAUAGCCUGCACUGGGUUCUUUCGGUGAAGCUGAGAACAAACAGGCUCAUACUAUGCAGAAGAGGAUAUUUAUGAAUGAACCGUUGUUUUGAUG